GCGCGGUGCCAGGCCGGGGUUCUCCCACCGAGGCGGUGGCGAAGGGCGCGUUCCUCCCCCAGAACGCUCUCUUUGGAACCCCGGCGCCGCCGGGAAGGGGGCUCUGGGGCAGCGCUGGGUUUGAGCAUCGCUCCCGAGCUCCUGCCGUAAGUGACGCUCGCCCCUUCCCUACGCCAGGCCGUAGGGAGAGGGGAAAAGUUCAGGCCGAAAGAAUUUCGGAUGCGCCCCCAGGGGUUGUUUUGCCAAGACGCUCCUAUUGCAAAAUCUGCAGUUGAGAAGAAACAUUUUUUUAUAAGAAGAGAAUGGAUGGAGAAGAGAAGACAUACGGUGGGUGUGAGGGCCCAGAUGCUAUGUAUGUGAAGUUAAUAUCCUCUGAUGGCCAUGAGUUCAUUGUAAAAAGAGAGCAUGCAUUAACAUCAGGAACAAUAAAAGCUAUGUUGAGUGGACCAGGUCAGUUUGCAGAAAAUGAAACAAAUGAGGUCAAUUUUAGAGAGAUCCCAUCCCAUGUCCUAUCCAAAGUAUGCAUGUAUUUCACCUACAAGGUCCGCUAUACUAACAGCUCUACGGAGAUUCCUGAAUUCCCAAUUGCACCUGAAAUUGCACUGGAACUUCUGAUGGCUGCAAACUUCUUAGAUUGUUAAAUAAAAUAAAUUAUAAUAAAAAAUGUAAAACUUUUUUCAGUAUUUAA